AAGUAUUCACUCUGAAUGUGCGUGACUGUGAAACAGCUACUCAACUCUAAAGAUGUGAGUUUUGUCUCCGCCCCCACACAGGUGUUGUCAGGCGAGGCAGCUCUGCUGUGUCAUUUUAUCACGGAGCUUCCGGACAAGGUCUUUGUGCUCAGAGAAUUUCCCAUAAGACACAACAGAGGAUUAAAUGAGCUGUUUCCCAGGAUGAUGGAGUUUAGUCAGUCGUUUCAAGGACAGCAUGAUGCUUUCACCUGGUUCACAAAGUCCCAGCUCCAGUCUGUGAUCAGGAACGGUAUUGUCCCAGAAUGGUUUCAUGGGAUAAUUUCCAGGAAGACGGCAGAGGAACUGCUGAUGUCGAAGCCUCCUGGCUACUUCCUCAUCAGAGUGAGCGAGAGCAGGAUUGGCUACACUCUCUCAUACCGUGCUGAGGACCGCUGCAGACAUUUUAUGAUUGAUGCAUUGGAGGACGGCCAUUACAUCAUAGUAGGGGAGAACAGGCGUCACCGGUUUCUGCAGGACCUGGUGGACUUUCACCGAAGAACUCCCAUUAUGCCUUUCAGUGAGGUGCUGACUGUCGCUUGUGGACAGGCCUCCAAUGACAACACUGACUAUGCAGAACUACUGUUUCCCCAAAGAAAUCCGAACCCUAACACAAGUUUGCUACCAAACAAUCUCAUGGUUCCCAGCACAAGUCACCCAGUACCACCGGAAGAUAUCCCACCUGCCCUUCCUUAUCGUCCAAAUAACCUGAGGAACUCUGCAGUCCUGCCUCCAAACAAGCUUUACCCUACUUUGGAGGAUGAAUAUCCACAUGCCACCUCACCUCCUCCAACCACGCCUGUGCCAAAGACCAGAAACAGAUACACAGCCGACAGCCCCCCAUCCAACCCCCGUCCUGAAGUCCCAGCUCGGACCUCUGUUCCUCCACUGAAGCCGAACCAGGCUUGUAUCAGAACUGUCUCUGCACCUAGGAGUCCCUGCACACCGACAGCCACUGAACACUCGUUCUGUGCCAACAUCCAGCCUGUAAAGAACCAGGAAGCAAAGCCAUCAGUCGUCACCAACCUAAAGAACCUCAAGAAGAAAUUUCAAAAGAAGAGGAGCACAUCGCAGGAGUUAACUUACACAGAGAUUAAUGUGGAGGCAACUGGAAACACUGAGAAUGAGUACCAGGAGAUCGCAGGGCAGCAGACCGUCAGUGAUCCAGCAUUUUCCUACACUUGCAGUGAUGUGAGACUGUCUGAUGGAAGGUUACCACAGGAGUACCGUCCACCUCCACCCUUUGCCCCAGGCUACUGACAGACAACUGUUCCCCUAGAAAAUACUGUACAGGUGGACUGAAGAGGAUUGAAGAAGAUCAGUGCAUUGUGGAAUGACUGAAACGUAACUGAAUCAAGGUGAAAAAGGUGGAGCACAGAAACAGCAUGCAAAGGAAAAGGAGCGGUAGUAAGAACACUGAAGAUUGAAACAUUACAAAAGUUUAAUAAAGUGCUGUUUCAACCUGCGAGAUCUGUGUGUUCACAGGAUUUUGUUAUCUAUGGACACUGGUUCCAGUCUUUGUGCUAAGCUAAGCUAACAGGCUGCUGGCAGGAACUUUCAACAUGUGCAAAUGAUCUCUUCUUUUACUUUACAUACCUGAAUCAAACCUGCAGAUGCCUGAAUGGUUUUGAUUAAAGCAGUUGCUCUUCUUUUGCAAACAGUACACAGUUAUAAAAUAGAUUAACCUGCUGUCUUCAUACUAAUAACUAGUGUCAGUUACUUGUGAAUGCUUUAGUUUCUAUUUAUUUGCUAGUCUAUUCAACAGAGACGAUACAGAUAAACAUUGUUACAUAAGAAGAAGUAGUACAACAAAUGCAAUCUAUAGGCUCUGUCCUAUAACCAGCAUCCUCCCUGGCCAGGCUUUUAUAGGUUAAAUGUUUUCAUAUGCCUCUUUGGUAAUAUAACAGUAGGAGGAAGUUUUAUGGAGCAUACUGUAUGUAAAUCAGAAAAGGCAUGGUUAAUGUCAGCUGCUUUGAAUACAGGAGACAUACUGUACUGUAGCAUCAGAUGCAGAUCUGUUAUCAGCAAUAUGACGAGGGAAGCUGGAAGAAAAUGCAGAUACUGGUCAAACUGGUUUCACAGGUAGAAACAUACAGGUGAGUCAAAUUCACAUUUACACAGCUUCAACAUAUCUGUACUGAGCAUCAAAGCUUGUAAAUGUCUAAUAAAUCCCCUUUUUAAAUGGCCA